GAGGUGUCACAGGGCACCCACGCUGGCACAGGACACGGUGGGCACCGUGUGAUGCCCCUUCCCUGGGGCAUGGCCAUGGAGCUGAGAGCCCUGAUCCUGCUGCCCCUCUGCUUCCCAGGUCUCCAAGGCCAAACCUCUGAAGCCCACAGACGACGGGAAGGGGACACUCUGUACAUCCAAUGUCCUUAUAACCUGGGGAUUCCUGACCAGGCGUUAAAAUACUGGUGCCUGCAGAAAAAUGGAGAAUGUCAAGAACUAUUGCGGACAUACUAUGAAUACGAGAAAAAAACUUGGGAUGGGAGAAUUCAAAUGAGAGCUAACACCACUAGUAAGGCUGUGUCCAUCACCAUGGCUGACCUCAAGGCAGAGGACUCAGGCACGUAUUUCUGUGCUUAUUAUUACACUAGAUACAAACGGAUGAAGACGAUCUCCCUGAAUGUUUUCAAGGAGCUGCUCCUGUGGGAGUUGGACACGCUGAGAGUGCAGUGCCCAGCCUGGUGCCAGAGAGGGGGGACUGUCUGCACAGUGCAGAGAAAAACAUCCUCAAGGAGUGCAGAGAAAUCCCUGCAAGACAGAGCAUUAAUCCAAUAUAAUGAUCAAGGGACUCCCACUGUCACCGUGAAGCAGCUGCAGAUCUGGGACUCUGGAGUGUACUGGUGUGCACUGGGCACCGAGCGCACAACGGAGGUCGUGCUCUCUGUGUUCAAGAGGACCCAGCAGCUCACAGCCCAGGAGUCGGGCAGCGUCUCCGUCCAGUGCCACUACAAGGUCGCAGACUACGGGGCUGCCACCAAAGCCUGGUGCAAAAUGGAGGGGGAAACGUGCAACGUGCUGGUCACCAGCAGCUCCGAGCCCCCAGAGGGAAACAGCACGGCUCGGGAAGGGGUGAGGCUGCAGGAUGACAGCCAGCAGGGCAUUGUCACUGUCACCAUGGGGCAGCUGCAGCCGCAGGACUCGGGCGUGUACUGGUGUGCGCUGCAGGAGCUCUCGGCUCUGUCCCGCAUGGAGGAGAUCACGCUCAGCGUUUCCAGGGCCCUGUCUCCAGGCACCAAAAGGAGAAGUGAAGAUAAUCUUCUGGGUGAAUCCAGCUGCAGUGGGAGCACCUUCUUCAUCCUCUCCGUGGUGCUGCUCGUGCUGCUCCUCCUGGCCCUCGUCACUGUCACAGCCCUGGGUGUCAGGCACUACAGGCUCCUGCUCAGGACAGGUAACAGAGGAGCAGAGGGCACCAGAGACAGACCAGAGGGCACAGCACAGCCUGGCAGCACCGGGAGGAGGGGAAGUUCUCACAUCAACCUGGAUGUGCAAUCCCUCCCCAGCCCGGAGGAUCCUCUUUACUGCAACGUGGAGCCCAGCCAGGCUCACAGGAACCCCCAGUGUGUGGAAUAUGCUGUCAUUGCCUUCAAACAGUCCCCAGGGAGCAGCAGGGAAUGAAGGACAGGGUCCCAAACGAGCCAGAAACGGGGGAAAGAGCUGGAAACAGAGUGGGAAGGAGGAGAAGGAUGUGUGUGGAUGGAUGGAGCUGAGUUUUGCUGUCCUGUGUGUGGGGUUGCCUGAGCAUUUUUAGCCCUCCCUCCUGUUUCAGGGCCAAGCAGAGGUUUUGCCACGCUCGUGGCAGAUUGCCUCGGGUCACACAGAGCUUUGGGGGAUUCCCAGGAUCUCCUGUUCGUCUGCUUUUCCAAUUCCAUUAAAGUGCAGAGUCUUGGAGGGG